CGCGCCCAUAUAACCCGCCUCUCGGCCCGCGCCCGCCGUGCGCCCACGACGGGGCUCCGCGGCGAGGCCGGGGCCAGCUGCGGGCCGGCUGGGCAUCGAUGAGCGGGGCUCCGACGCACCAGAGCGAGCUGCCCUUGGGGCCCCGCGUGGGGAAGAUGUCCCAGGCCCCGGGCACCGACGAGGGAGCCACGUUCGAGCACCUCUGGAGCUCCCUGGAGCCAGACAGCACCUACUUUGACCUUCCCCCGUCAAGCAGGGGUAAUAGUGAGGUGGCAGGCAGCACAGAGGCCAGCAUGGAUGUCUUCCACCUGCAGGGCAUGACCACAUCUGUCAUGGCCCAGUUCAAUCUGCUGAGCAGCACCAUGGACCAGAUGAGCAGCCGCGCGGCCUCAGCCAGCCCCUACACCCCAGAGCACACGGCCAGCGUGCCCACCCACUCGCCCUACGCCCAGCCCAGCUCCACCUUCGACACCAUGUCGCCCGCACCGGCCAUCCCCUCCAACGCUGACUACCCGGGUCCUCACCACUUCGACGUCACCUUCCAGCAGUCCAGCACAGCCAAGUCAGCCACCUGGACGUACUCCCCGCUGCUGAAGAAGCUCUACUGCCAAAUCGCCAAGACAUGCCCCAUCCAGAUCAAGGUGUCCGCCCCGCCGCCCCCAGGCACUGCUGUGCGCGCCAUGCCCGUCUACAAGAAGGCAGAACACGUGACUGAGGUUGUGAAGCGCUGCCCCAACCACGAGCUCGGGCGGGACUUCAACGAAGGACAGUCUGCCCCGGCCAGCCACCUCAUCCGUGUGGAGGGCAACAACCUCUCGCAGUACGUGGACGACCCCGUCACUGGCAGGCAGAGCGUCAUGGUGCCCUACGAGCCCCCACAGGUGGGGACGGAAUUCACCACCAUCUUGUACAACUUCAUGUGCAACAGCAGCUGUGUGGGGGGCAUGAACCGGCGGCCCAUCCUCAUUAUCAUCACCCUGGAGGCCCGGGAUGGGCAGGUGCUGGGCCGCAGGUCCUUCGAGGGCCGCAUCUGUGCCUGUCCCGGCCGAGACCGCAAAGCGGAUGAGGACCACUACCGGGAGCAGCAGGCCCUGAAUGAGAGCGCCGCAAAGAACGGGGCGGCCAGCAAGCGCGCCUUCAAGCAGAGCCCCCCAGCCAUCCCUGCCCUGGGUGCCAGCGUAAAGAAGAGGCGGCACGGUGACGAGGACAUGUACUACAUGCAUGUGCGGGGCCGGGAGAACUUUGAGAUCCUGAUGAAGGUGAAGGAGAGCCUGGAGCUGAUGGACCUGGUGCCACAGCAGGUGGUGGAGUCCUACCGACAGCAGCAGCUCCUGCAGAGGUCGAGCCACCUGCAGCCUCCGACCUACGGGCCCGUCCUCAACCCCAUGAACAAAGUGCACGGGGGCGUCAACAAGCUGCCCUCGGUCAACCAGCUGGUGGGCCAGCCUCCACCCCACAGCUCAGCAGCCGGGCCCAGCCUGGGGCCCAUGGGCCCCGGGAUACUCAACAGUCACAGCCACACCCUGCCAGCCAACGGUGAGAUGAAUGGUGGCCACAGCUCCCAGUCCAUGAUCUCAGGGUCGCACUGCACCCCACCACCCCCCUACCAUGCUGACCCCAGCCUCGUCAGUUUUUUAACAGGAUUGGGGUGUCCCAACUGCAUCGAGUAUUUCACCUCCCAAGGGUUACAGAAUAUCUACCACCUGCAGAACCUAACGAUAGAGGACCUCGGGGCCCUGAAGAUCCCAGACCAGUACCGCAUGACCAUCUGGAGGGGCCUGCAGGACCUGAAGCAGGGCCAGGACUUCAUCCGCUCCAGCAGCAACGCCUCCACCAUCUCCAUCGGCAGCUCGGGGGAGCUGCAGCGCCAGCGGGUCAUGGAGGCCGUGCACUUCCGCGUGCGCCACACCAUCACCAUCCCCAACAGGGGAGGCCCUGGCGGGGGCUCAGGGCCUGAGGAGUGGGCCGACUUUGGCUUUGACCUCCCAGACUGCAAGUCCCGAAAACAGCCCAUCAAAGAGGAGUUCACGGAGAGCGAGAUCCACUGAGGCGGGCACAGGGGGCUCCCACCAGGCCAAGCGUGGACAGCCUGUGGCUGCAGCCCCCAGAGCCUUGCUUUCUGUCAGAAGCUGCCCGGGAGGCAGGACCUUUGGGCAGUGCCCAGGGAAAGGCAAGGUCCAGCCCCAGGAGGUGCUGCCAGCCCGCAGCCCCCAUGGUCAGGGGAAAGGGCGCAGGGACUCCUAGCCACACAGGUGAGCCCUGGGGCGGCCAGCACCUCCCUGCCUCAUCCUCCUUGAGGACUCUGCCGCACCCAAGUGAGAUCUUUCUCAGUACAGGGCCGCCUCUGCCGCUGGACUGCCAAAAAGUAGUUCUACGCUGUCUUUCGGUUCUGGGUAGCAGUGAGCGGCUCGGUGACUGUAUCGGAAACACACUUAUUUUUGGGUCAGUGCUCCAGACUACACUUCUGCCCAAGGCUGGGUCCCUCUGCUGGACUUGAGGGUCAGUCUGUCCCUUGCACACUUGACCACUAGUUUCAACCCGGCUGUAGCUACCAUCCACUUCCUGCCCACAUGAAAAUCAGCACCUCACUGGAACUGGAGAAUGUGGGCGGGAAAUGCCACAGCCACGGUCCCCCCCAGGAGGCAAGGAGUCUUCCGGCCAAUUGCCACAAGCCAACACCCACGUGGACACCACUGGCAGCAGUCACCUGUCCUGGGCAAGCCUCUCAGCACAGCCAGGGACAGCAUGCUCCUUAGACUACUGGAAAUUGUCAAUAUUCAUAAAAUGUUGCCCUUUUUUA